CAGCCAAAUCAAGGUUGGGCGGUGAGGGAGGAGGGGCAGGGGCCCCGGGAGGUGGCCUUUGCGACUCUGGGGCCACUCCUGCAGACUCUGGUCCCGCGAGCGCGAGCUGGAAGCAUAAAAGGCCCGGGCGGGUAAGGGCGGGCCUGCAGCGGGAGGUGGGCUCCAGACCCCCCCAACCUGUUGCGGGGCGCAGCGGGCUGUAGAGAUGGGCCGUUACUCCGGCAAGACAUGCCGGCUGCUGUUUAUGCUGGUGCUCACCGUGGCCUUCUUCGUGGCCGAGCUGGUGUCGGGUUACCUGGGCAACUCCAUCGCGCUGCUCUCGGACUCUUUCAACAUGCUGUCAGACCUGAUCUCGCUGUGCGUGGGCCUGGGCUCCGGCUACAUCGCGCGGCGCGGUUCCCGCGGCUCCAGCGCCACCUACGGCUACGUGCGGGCCGAGGUGGUGGGCGCGCUCAGCAACGCAGUCUUCCUCACCGCGCUCUGCUUCACCAUCUUCGUGGAGGCCGUGUUGCGCCUCGCGCGACCCGAGCGCAUCGACGACCCGGAGCUGGUGCUCAUCGUGGGCGCCCUGGGGCUGGCGGUCAACGUGGUGGGGCUGCUCAUCUUCCAGGAUUGCGGCGCCUGCUUCUCCCGCUGCGCCCGGGGUCGCCGGACCCGCCCUUCGCAGCAGCCAAGCCAGGGGGAUCCUCGUGGCGCUUUGGGGUGUCCCCAAGAGGCUGCGACAGCCACAGCUCCCGGCUCGGGCACAGCAGUGAUUCUCCGGGGGUCCUCGGCCGGAAGAAAGCAGCAGGAGGGCGCGACCGUGUUCUCUAAUGUAGCAGGUGAUUCCCUGAACACCGAGAAUGAACCAGAAGAGAUGAGGAAAAAAGAGAAGAAGUCUGAAGCACUCAAUAUCAGAGGUGUUCUUUUGCACGUGAUGGGAGAUGCCUUGGGGUCCGUGGUUGUGGUCAUCACGGCUAUCAUAUUCUAUGUUCAGCCCCUGAAACGUGAAGACCCGUGUAACUGGCAGUGCUACAUUGACCCCAGCUUGACUGUUGUCAUGGUCAUCAUUAUCUUAUCGUCAGCUUUCCCACUGAUUAAGGAGACUGCUGUCAUCUUGCUGCAGAUGGUCCCCAAGGGGGUCAAUAUGGAAGAGCUGAUGAGUCAGCUGUCUACCGUGCCUGGGAUUAGCAGUGUGCAUGAAGUGCACAUCUGGGAACUUAUAAGUGGGAAGAUCAUUGCCACCUUGCAUAUCAAACACCAGAAGGGCACGGAAUACCAGGAUGCCAGCAGAAAAAUCCGGGAGAUCUUCCACCACGCUGGAAUCCACAAUGUGACUAUCCAGUUUGAAACCCUGGACCUGAAGGAAGCCCUGGAGCAGAAGGACUUCUUGCUGACCUGCAGUGCCCCCUGCAUCACCCAGAGCUGUGCUAAGAAGCUGUGCUGUCCCCCAGGGACACUGCCUCUGGCUCUUGUCAAUGGUUGUGCAGAGCACAAUGGUGGGCCCUCUCGAGAGUCUUACCGAAGCACAGAACCCCCAGAAGUGGCCAUUGAUGUGGCUUUGGAUGGCUGUCCAGGGGAGCAGGGACAGACUCUCAGCAAGACUCAGGAGGGACAGCAUUAUGAAAACAGUACUCAUUUUUAGUGGGUUCCCACACAAUUCAAACUGUCUGAACAGACACUUUGGUGUCACCGGCUCUGCUUAUGGGAAGAGCUCUGUGGGUGUGUAUCCUGUCAGUAGGGGUCAGCCGUACCCUGGGCAUCUCAUGGUUCUCUGUGCCAGUUUCAGUAUGGACAAGAAAUUCCUAAAGCAGAGUGCCCUAGUGUAUAUACCAGGAGUGUUGAAGGACUCAGUGACUAUGAUGUGGGACUCUGAGUCAGUCUUGUCUGUCUCGUGGUGCUGGGGAAUUGCAUACAGGGCUUGUGCAUGCUAAGGAACUGCUCUGUUACCGAGGUGAACCCUGUAGCCUUUGCUUUUGCACCCAUCAGAACUUCUGGCUGACUCUCAAGUGAGCUCAAAGCUUAAGUGGGCAGAAAAAAAAAGUUAAGCACCUUAACUAUACUUCCUUCUCUUCCCCUCAAAGAGCAUAAAAGAUGAGCGUCCGCCAUUUAUAGCACUGCAGAAGUAUAUAUUCUUAAGUCCACUCUUGGACCGUGAGACACGAACACCUAAUACAUGAAGGCAAAACGCAUAGCUUUUAAGAUGGAAAGGCAGAUUGCCUCUUGAGACAGGAAGUACUCUCACCACAUUAGAGGGGGUACGCUUUGCGGGGGCCGAGGGAAAGGUGGGUUCCUUUGCUUUGUGAGGUGGCUAAUGGUUGCUUCCUGCUGGGACUAAGCUGCAGCCAUGGUGUGUUUCUUCUCCUUUUCUUAUUCACCGAUUUAUCGUCUCUGAAAGUUUCCAGGUAGGAUUGUUGCCACGUCUAGUUCUGAUAAUGAUUUUCCUAUCCAGAAUUCCUCACAGCCAUCUUUUAUGAUCACAUUGAUCUGUGCAGAAUUGAUCGGGGGAGAUGAACCUUCUGCGAAAGGGAGAAUACUCAUUCUGGCUACACAAAUAAGCUAGCUUGCCUUUGCUUUAAUUAGGCAUAUUUUAAAGUAUUUAUUGCAGUUGCCAACUAGUAACUGGGUGGAAAAGUUAAUUUCCCAGGGAGAAAUGAAAAGUAAUUUGGUUGCUGACUUUAAUGUGUUCAGAGGCUCUUAGAGUUUUAUGUCUGUGACCCAUGUUACUAAGUUCAAAUAAAUUAUGAUCUGAUUUAGGCACAUAGCUGAACUGUAUUGGUAGAAGAAAGUGCAAAAAUGUCUGUCCCCGUGUUUUAUACCUUGUUUGGCAUCCAUGUUUAAAUCAAAGCCUCAGAGGUAUGACGGGGGGUACCUGAUGGAGCCAACAUCUUGUUAGACAAGUUUCAAGGCUCACUGAAAGUGGUCUUGUUCUAGGCUUUGAUCCUACUGAGAAACUGCAUAGGAUUCAUCAGAAGUGGUGCAUGGUCACAGAAAAGGCAGCCACACUUGUCAACGCAAGCAUCAUUUUAAAGAAAAUGCCUUCAUUGGGCACGGUGGCACAUGCCUAUAGUCCCGGCUACUCAGGAGGCUGAGAGAGAAGAGUCACGUGAGCCUAGGAGUUCAAAACUAGCCCAGGCAAAAUGGUGAGACUCAGGGUGUUUUGUUUUGUGUUUUUAGUAUUAGUCUUAAAUCUGGAGGCUGAUGGGCAGCCGUGAUCUGGAGUAUUGGGAAAUCUUUGUUCCUUAGAAGUUGAUUAGAUCUAAACUGACCAUCCAUAAGUAAAUAGAAAAACAUCUAAAGCCUUUCUAAUUCCCAGAAGUUUAUUGGGUUAGAUUAUGUAUGCACUUUAUAAGCUAGAGGAGGAAAAAAGACAGAGUUUCUACUUUGGGCACCAAACCUGUGAUGUAGACUUACAGAGACCAGAGGAUUCCCCAGGAAGCCCAGUGUAGGGAUGUGCAUGCGGAUGCUGCCACGCCAACUCUGUUCCAUGCCUUAGUUGAAGCCAAAGUAGAAAUUUGUCUCUAACGUCCAACUCUCAAUUCACUGUGCCUUAUGCUUAAAGGAAAAGAAUUAUAAUUUCACAAUUCUCCUACUAGCUAAAGGAAUGUAUUUUAGUUUGCAUGUAAAUAACAUUCUUUAAUUUCUAAAGUACUUUUUUUUUAAUGGAAAGAAAAUACACUUAGUUCCAAUAUAAUUAAAUUUAACCUUGAAUGACACUCGACUAGCAAAUUAUAGACAGGAGCCAGUAUGAAAUACGGCUUUUUGAAGACAGCCAGUGCGUGUUUACUAAUUGCACAUUAGUUGAAAGGGUACGAUGCGUUUGCUACGUGGUUGUGUUUAACACCCCCACCCCUGGCUGUCUGGUGUUUUUGUUUGGGGUUUCCUGGAUCCUUGAUUGUCUUGAUUUUUUAAUUCUCUGAAGAUGAGAAUGAUGUUUUUUCCUCCCUGGAUCAGCUGUGCGCCUGGUGGACAAGACAAUAGAGUUUCUUUGAGCCCGGGUAAACACUGACCUUCAGUUCAUGUCCUGCAUGCUCAGGUUCAUCCUAGAGCCCCUCCUGCCUCUCUCCUUCCUGCCUGCCCUCCUCAUUUCCCCUGGAAGGGGUGCAGGCUCAGGGCCUUCAAGGCUGCGAGGCAUGUUUUGCUGAUGAGCUACAAUCCCCAGCCCCAAAGACUAAUUUUUUAUAGUCUGUGUCACACCCUAUAUGGGACAGACCAGGUGUCCUGUGUGCCGUCCUUCUAGGGUUUUUCGUGGUUUCCUGUGUUUGUUUCUCUGUGGAGCACAGCACUUCCUUCCAGUGCAUAAGCACCUGUUAUAGGAAAGGAUUGCUUCCCUUCCCUCCACAUCUUCCAAUCUUAGUUUUUAAAAUUGGGAUAUUUCUUGACAAUUUGGUUAUUAUGAACACACACAGGGAUAUCAACCUCCAUUACACACACACACACACACACACACACACACACACACACAAAACCUGCAAAUUAGGAACUCCAAGAUUCAAUGGAGUGGGUGUUAGUCAGGGAGUUUCCAUCUUGAUACGUUGGCACUCUGAGCCAGGUGUGUCCAGGUCAUAUUAUGUAUUAUUUAGGAGCAUUGUUGAUUUCUAGUCACAAAUCGCAAAUCAUCUCCCCAACCUAUGACAACCAAAAGUUCCUCUAGACAUUGUCAUGUAUUCCCUGGGGGGAAGUUUGUUACCCCUCUCUACUUCUAAACCAUGAGCUAUAAUCAUAUUUAAACAUUAUUGAUGGACCUGUUCCUCCCAAGCCCAAUAGUCUCCUCUAUUCUUCAGAUUUCAUAGCCCCCCUGCCUCCUGACUGGCCUGGAACUCUCUGUUCUGCAGCCCCAGCCUCCUGAGGUCAGAGUUCAUAGGCACCCGCCACCACACUUACAUCAGGAUUUACUGUUUACAAGCAGUAUUUUAACAGGACGUUCAUUUGCUAUGCUGAGGCUUGAAGCCACCCUUGCUACAUGGACAUGCACGUGGAGGGAAGCUCUUGGUAACCUGAGGCAGUCAUUGACCACAUAGUGAGUUUGAGACUAGCCUUUCUACAGGAGACUUGAGUUAGGUUACACUUUUUAUUUGGGUUUUGAAUCUGGUUAGCUAGCAGUCACUGACAGCGUGCCUUCUCUAGAGCUCUGUCAUUGCCUUAUGUCCUGUCACCCUUUGUGCUUCUGAGUUUAUUUCCACUCAGGUGACCAUGAGUGGGAACAAGGUGGUCAAACCAGGAAAGCAGUUUCUUAAGCAGAACCUGUAUUGGAUCCAAAUCUUCAAUGUAUAAAAUGUUCUUAGAAAUUGGAAAAUAUAUGUUAUUUUUCUGGCAUGUCCUUUCUUUCUAACUACCCUACCCUGACCCAAGACUUUUCCUAUUUGCAUGGACUUUUCUUAGCUAGGUGGGACUGGUGCCUUCAGGCCAGAGACUCUGAAUGGACUCUGAAUUGGAGUGAGCACUAUCCAGAAAGGAUUGACCAGGGAGAGCCAUCCCUUCCUGGAGGCUCAGUUAUGUUACAGUAUUGUGGAGUUUUGUUGCUUAAAAAUCCUCCUUCUCUUCUCAAGGGCAAGAUUGCCAAAGUGUAGCAUCACAUUUGGGUGGGGGUGGUUAAAACUUCAGAGUUUCAAUAACUUCUUGCUAGUUGCAUGGGAACACCCCCACCCCCACACACAAUGGAUGUGCACGUGCACACCUGUUGCUGGUGAAGAGCAUUCAAUGGUGCUGUAAAUGAUGUGUUUUGAAAACUAGAAAUGCCAAUCAAAUGUUUGUGGAAAUUAAACAGACAGCU